UUUCUUUAAAGAAAUAAUCAGUCAUGUACAUGUAGGUCGUCGGUUUGUAUAUUAGAGAUAAACCUAUGCACUAGUUUCGAUAGCUUUGGGGGAGAUUUGAUUGAGGAGUGGAACGGAAGUUUUGCUGCAAGUAAUGUGGGUCAAGGCUACAUCGUAAAAAUUCAAAGUUACGCAUGGGCGGACUCGUACUCGUGUACGCUGGGUCCCUUGAUUUGACGAUUUGACAUCACCUGACUGGGCUGCAUUAAAAACCCCGUAGCAUUGCGAACCCGUAAAAAUCGGCUGGAUUAGAUCCCGUUUAGGCUGCGCAUGCAGCGUGAUCGUACUCGUAGGCUGGGGCGUAUAUUGAUACAUGGAGUUUUCCCACAAAUUUGAUCUUGUAAAAUUAGGCCUAGGCCCUAAUGCUUCAUGUGUGGUGCCACAUCAAAGUUCGGUUGACUCCCAAAUAAAAUAGGUCUACUUACAUGAAGGCUAGGACAGGCCGAGGCCUAAAUGUUUUCCAUGAUUAUAGUCACUACAGUGUGAGCCAAAGAUCCAAGUGUACAUAUAAUUCGACAGCCAGAAUUGGAAACCGUCAGUGUUGGAGUUGAGUCCUCAAAUCUGAGAACAGAGUACUUGGAGUACUUUUAGGGGAAAAAAUGUUGCAUCCUGACUCCACUUUUCUCAUCAUAUAAGCUAAAUUAUACCUCUGAGUGUCUGACAAAGAUUGGUGGGACCUGCAGUAGUCUACAUGUGCCUGCAAGUUUUGUGGGCCUUCACUUAAUCAAUUUUGAGUCUCCGUAUCUGCCGGAAGCUUGGUACUUGGACGAAUUGAAUCUGUCACAGCAAAAUGUCCUCAGAUGAAGAUGAGAAUGUUUCUUUAUCACCAGAAGAAAAACUACCUUUCAUGGUGUUGCUUGCCAUUCUGAAAAAUGAAGUUGCGCGUGGAAAACAGCUCUUGGAGGAACAUGAUAUCGAUGUGAAUUUUUUUUUACCGGUCUCCAGUCGUCGUCGUACGAUGCUGAUGUUCGCAGCCCAGUACUCUCCAGGGAUGUGCAGACCCCUGCUGGAGAAAGGGGCUGAUAUCAACUUGGCACAAAAGGAGACUGGUUUUUGCCCUGUGCAUUUUGCUGCGGAACGCAAUGCAGAAUCCUGCAAGAUUCUCCUAGAAGCGGGUGCUGAUGUCAACCAGACUGAUAAGGAUGGUGCAACCCCUCUACACCUUGCUGCUGAGGUUAAUUCGCCAUCAAUUCCAAUCCUGUUGGCUGCAGGAGCUGAUGUGAAUGCUUAUGAGUCGGAGAACAUGGGAGGGGGACAGCCUCUACAUCGGGCAGUUAAGAAAAGCCCAGAGGCCUGCAAACUGUUGCUUGAUGCUGGGGCAGAUGUCAAUGCCAAACGCGCUUGUGAGUGGGCAGAGACACCCAUCCAGAUUGCUGUAAUAACAGCUCCACAGUGUUGUCAGGUGCUCAUAGAUGCUGGCGCAGAUAUCAAUGUAAAGUUCGCUCGCUUCCACAAAGGCUUUACAUUGCUGAUGUAUGCAGCCUUUGAUUCUCCAGAGGUUUGCAGAGCCCUGCUGGAGAAAGGAGCUGAUGUCAACUUGGCACACAGCGAGCGUGGUAUUUUCCCUUUGCUUUGCGCUGCUGAACGCAACACAGAAUGCUGCAAGAUUCUUUUGGAAGCUGGUGCUGAUGUCAACCAGGCUGAUAACCACGGUUCAACAGCUCUUCAUGCUGCUGCUCAAAGGUAUCCUUCAGCCAUUCCAAUCCUGUUGGCUGCAGGAGCUAAAGUGGACGCUGUAGAGUCAGAAGACAUUGGAGGGAGGCAACCUCUUCACUAUGCAGCUCAGCAUAGCCCAGAGGCCUGUAAAUUUUUGCUUGAUGCUGGGGCAGAUGUCAAUGCAAAACGCCUUAGCGAGGAGGCAGAGACGGCCAUUCUGAUCGCUGCAUCCAAGGCUCCACAGUGUUGUCAGGUGCUCAUAGAUGCUGGUGCAGAUGUCAAUGUACAGUUCAAUUUGUCUGGAUGCUGUCCUCUGCAUGAGGCCUCUCAUGAGGAUGAUGACCCCAGCGUAUGUCAGGUAUUGCUGCAGGCGGGAGCAGACAUGGAGAUCAAAGAUCAGACAGGUAAAACUGCAUUACACAUUGCGGCUGAGUUAAAUGAAGCAGUGUGCAAGAUACUGCUGGAUGCAGGGGCUAAGCAUGACUGCACUGAUGAUGAGGGUAAUGUGCCCAUGACUAUGGCAGCAGUUGGAGAUAACGUCAAGGCAAUCCAACAUCUCUUGGACAAAGGGGCUAGCCUGGAAAUCACCAACAAGUUGGAGGAAAGCCCGUUAAAUGCUGCAGCCAAGAUGAACAGCACGAAAGCCAUUGCGUUACUGAUUGAUAAAGGAGCAGACGUCCUCUCAAGAAAUUGGAUUGGUUAUACUCCAUUUCACAUGGCAGCAAGUAAGCAUCCUGAUGCCACGAAGGUUUUCUUGGCUAAAGGUGUUGACAUCGAAGUUAGAGCAACGAAUGGAAUUACGCCAGUCUUCAGUGCAGCUAAGGAAAAUGUGGAAUGCUUGAAGCUGCUUCUUGAGGCAGGAGCCGAUAUCAACGCUCGGAUCGAGGAUGGAUCGACUCCACUUUUUGCAUCAGCCGAGGGAAGGAACUCAGAAGGAACCAAGCUUCUGAUCGAGGCUGGCUGCCAAGUGGAUGCCCAGGAUGAGGAUGGACUGACGGCAUUGCACACGGCUGCCAGGCAUGAUGUAGAUUCCUGUAAAUUGCUGCUUGAUGCUGGAGCUCGCAUUGACAUCGCAUCCAAGGAAGGCACUUUGCCCCAGCACUCUGCAGCCGCCAGUGGGAAUGCCAAGUCACUGCAGUACCUCCUCGACAAAGGUGCUGCCGUUGAUGCUGUGGAUAAGCUCCUUUGUACUCCACUCCAUUAUGCUGUGAUGAACAACGAGAAAUGCGUCAGGAUUCUACUCUUGGCCGGAGCAGAUGCAACUCUUAAGACAGUGAUCGGUCUUUCAGCGUACGCCAUGUGCAUGCAGUUGAACCCAGAUAAGAAAAUACUGGCCACACUUCUUGGUAAAGGAAAGCCCAAGUCCACAGAUGACAGUGACAGUACGGAGGAGGAGGAAUCAGGAUCAUCCAGCUCUGACGAGGAAGCCUAACCAACCUAAGGUGACUGAUUUCUUGAUGGUAGCCAUGUCACCCCUGGGAUGAGGUAUGGGGCAAACAAGUUUAUUUCAGUUACCAUGGCAAGAAAAGACGAAGAAGAGUGCAGUUUUACAGGUUGGUAGAAAACCCCAGAUAUGAGAGAAAACCCAGGAAGUAGACAAGGACUGAAAAUACAAUCCCCAUGUCGUCUGGGGCGGAAUUCAAAAUGGAGUUGAGGAGGCGAGGCAAGUUCCACUGUGCCAACCUGACACCCCUUCACUGGUGGUGCAUGUAUUUUACAGAUAGUCUCCUUUCUUGGCCAUGCACAAGAUGGUUAAUGCAGCGAAUGCCCUGUGACUGGCUCUCGGUCAAUUAAGAGGGGUUUGAAACUCAUUUGCAGUAUCUCCCUUGAAAAUGCAUCAACUCCACGGUUUGCAAAUCUGUGGGGCACAUCCAACAGAAGACACAGUGAUAGCUCAUCUUGGACAUGACCGUCGAUUCCAAAGACAAACCCUGCCACUGCAACUGCAAGACUGUACGUAUAUAAAAAGCUUUUCCCACUCAACCUCUUCAAGCCAAAAAUGUUUACAUCUUGCCUCAAGUCUUAAAAGUAAUUCUCUAGUAAAUAGCUUCAAAGUGAAUAUUUUUGUAACUGCAUAAAUGGUAUCCUGUAUUUCACGUACCUACAUUGAUUGCCUGGUAUAGUUUCAGUACAAGCUUUAUGAGAUGGUAGUGCUUUUGAUGCAGACGUUUUCUCUUCAGUAAAAUGCACAUUUGCACUCUAAAUUAAAGUGAAAUAGAACCAUGUAACAUGGAAAUGAAUGAUUAAAUCAUGGUGCAUGUAUUUAAAGGUUCCUUGUUCAAUGUUUCGUUGAAUGAUGUGCAGAAGUUUGUCAGGAAAGUAGAUUAAGCCAGACUUUACAACUUGACUUGAAAUUCUAAGCAUGUCAUUCUUUAGGUAUAUGGAGUAACCAGAACUUAAGAGAUUUACUAAAGUACUGAGCCAGAAGUAAAUACGGCUGUAGACACACCUCGACUUAAUGUGAUUCGCUGUAGAGAUCAGAAUACUGUCACCGUUCCCACCAAGUGAUUAAGCGUUUAAACAAAUAUUAGGAAGCCUGUCACAAAGUAUUCCAGUACGACUUUUAAAAUGUCAGGAAAAAAAUUGAAAAGAUGCAUUCUCAAAGAUUGCAGAAAAUUACAUUGUGUGGGAAGGAUUGCCUAUUACUGAAUCCCUGUGAUCAAAAUUACCUAUAGUAAUGCUUCUAGUACCUUUGAAACAGAAGCUCCAACUUGUUACAUCUUUUGUACCUGCCAAGUCUGGCAUAGAAUUUGUAAUGUAAUUCUAGAACUGGUUUUUGACAUAUCUGAUUUUUAAUUUACAUGUUUGUGCCUCUUUAGAUGUUUAUAGCUUACAUUUUAGAAAAUGAUCAAAACUUUCAUUCUCAAAUUUUGUAUUGUGUGCUUAAAAAAUUGUAUUGUCGGAUGUUUGCAGGAGAUUGGUGAGAGGAAUGGCAUGUACAAGAAGAUUUGGUUUGUAAUUUACAUUGUGAAAUAGUGGAUUGAAAGAGAUGUGAAAGUUCAAAGGACUUUUUGGAUCCCUUUUUUUUGGAGGGGAGGAUGUUUUUCAAAGCCCAGAUAUUUUUAUAUAUUAUUUGAUGAAAAGAAUUUUAUUUUAUGAGGAUGAACUUAAAUAUUUACCAAAGGAAAUCAUUGUCACUUCCCCAGUAAAACAAAAUUUGAAACAUAGUUCAUGUACUGUUAUAAUCUUUUUAAAGACAUUUAAUAAACAGCUUUUUUUCUGUAGAAUUUAACUGAAAUAUACUAUAAGCCUAGGAUAUUGACCAAGGUAGAAGCAUGAAAUGCGAUUUCCUUAACUUGACUAUUUAAAGCAGUCUUCUGAAAUUAAAAAUUUUCUUUGUUAAUGAAAUGAAUACAAAGUUGAUAGGGUGCUUAUGAAUUGUGAGGUCGAGUCUGUGGGCCGGUUACUGAGAUCCAAUUUUACGGGUACCUGUCUUGCUGUUGAUUUGAUUUUGUAAAUCACCUGUGAGUUGGGAUGUAACUAGUGGAUUCGAAUUGACUCCCACCCCAACUUUUUUUCUCUUUUUUGGAAAGCACCAUUGUAUUUGUUAUCCAACCAACGAAAUAAGUGACAAGUCACGAAAGUAACUUUUGAAGUGUAAGCCAUUUAAAAGAAUCUUGCCCUAUGUACGUAAAUCAGAAGAAAGCCUCAACAUGUUUUACCCAUAAAUUAUCCAUUUUCGUAUAAUCAGGAUGCCAAAAUAGAUGAUACUAAACAGAACUCAAAUUUACUCUUUCCAGUGUAAAAUAAACCAGAAUUAACUACUCA